GCUCCUUUUUCCAAUGUACAAUUUUUUUUCAGCUGAUUAAUCCCGCUAAUUUCUAAAUAAUAUUACUUAAAUCAUUUCGUAUUUGUUGUUUGCAGUUCUUUUUGUAGGCCAAAUCAAAAUAUACAAUGAAGAUCAAUUUGCAAGGGAUCAGAAAGUUAUUCCCAUUUAACGCGACCCAGACAGACGACCCAAACCCAGAAUCUCUCGACAUCCGAGAAGAGUACGCAAACGCGUUCCGUACCGAAUCGUAUAACGAUUUUUGGACUCACGUUCUCACUCUAAACAAAGGCCGUCUCACCACACAUAGAAGCCUCGGCUCCACCUCAGCCGCCCGACUCCCGUCUUACCGUCUCUUUGCCGAGCAACUAUUGGAUCCCGACCAAUCCACGGCCACACGGAUCCUCAACUUAACCCGAGCCCACCCGAAAAUAUUUUCCCUCCUAAUCGAGUAUUUUUCCCUAACAUCAAACGCCUCUCACUUGUGCGGACUUCUCCUCAAAGACAUCGACCGCAUAAGAAAACGAUACAAAUUCUCCCUCGAAAGCCCUGUCAACCCUAACCCUAACAGGCCGGGCCGGGAAAUAGCCCAUUUGCCUCUAGUCCUGGCCCGAAUCACCCUGUUUUCGCGAUCCAACCCGUUUUCCACGGCCGCCCCAUCGAUGAGCCGUUUUGAGUCCGUGCGAACCGAUUGCACGGAACUGCUCAAGCGGCUCGAGUCCCGGCGCCAGCGGACCCAAUCCAGAAUCAACCGGCUCAAGAAGCUCAGGUUCGGCUCGGCUGCUCUGCUCGUGGCUAUCACGGGUUCGCUAAUAGUCAUAGUCGCGGCCCACGGGUUCAUAAUGCUCGUGGCUGGGCCGGGAUUUUUAAUGGGCUCGCUCGAGCUGGUCUCGGUGGACAGGCUGGCUAGAUGCUCGGCUCAGCUCGAAUCGGCUGCUAAGGGGACGUACAUUUUGCUUAGGGACUUGGACACAAUUAGCCGACACGUGGCUCGGCUGAAUAAUGAGCUGGAACACGUGGAGGGUUUGGUGCAGAUGUGGAUUGAUAGAGGGGAUGAUCGGCUCGGAGCCAGUGAUGAGGUGGCUUGCCAGCUCAGGAGGAAUAACCAAAGCUUUAUUGAGCAGCUUGAUGAGUUGGAAGAGCAUUUAUAUCUAUGUUUUAUGACGAUUAAUAGAGCUAGAAACCUUGUGACAAAGGAAAUUCUGAAUUCCGGUACUAAUGUUACCAACUUGAAUUCUUCACCAAGCCCUUUGGUCAUAUAAUUUAUGUGACCUAAUUAAACAUGUGACACUAUAAUUUAAUCUAAUUUAAUUUAAUUUAAUUUUCAACUCGUAUAUUAAGUUAGCUGAGCUCUUUAUGUUGAUCCUCAAUUGAUAAUCAAAGUUGGCUUAACUCGUGA